UACGCGCUGAAAAGGAAGGACGACAGUUCGCAAACGAUACAAUCAGGAGUUGCUGAACAAAGGCCGAAAUUAGACAUAUUAUCUCAAGGUUACUUUACUUUCGGGCAUUGUGGCAUACCGCCGCAGCAGACGCCAAUUUUGAAACAUGGCCGAUAAAGAGGUGUAUGACGAUGCUGUGGAAGAAAGAGUCAUCAAUGAAGAGUACAAGAUAUGGAAGAAAAACACACCUUUCCUCUACGAUCUGGUGAUGACGCAUGCGCUGGAGUGGCCCAGUCUCACCGUUCAGUGGUUACCGGAUGUCAGCAGGCCAGAGGGGAAGGACUACGCUAUCCACAGGCUGGUUUUGGGGACCCACACAUCAGAUGAGCAGAACCACCUGGUCAUAGCCAGCGUCCAGGUGCCCAAUGACGAUGCCCAGUUUGACGCCUCACACUACGACAGUGAGAAAGGAGAGUUUGGCGGCUUUGGCUCAGUCAGUGGGAAAAUAGAGAUUGAAAUCAAGAUUAACCAUGAAGGAGAGGUGAACCGAGCACGCUACAUGCCUCAGAACCCCUGUAUCAUCGCCACCAAGACUCCCACCUCUGAUGUGCUGGUGUUUGACUACACCAAACACCCCUCCAAGCCAGACCCCAGUGGAGAGUGUAGCCCUGAUCUGAGGCUGAGGGGUCACCAGAAAGAGGGAUAUGGUCUGUCCUGGAAUCCUAACCUCAGUGGGAAUUUGCUCAGUGCCUCCGAUGACCAUACUAUCUGCCUGUGGGACAUUGGUGCGGGGCCCAAAGAGGGGAAAAUUGUGGAUGCUAAGACCAUCUUUACAGGCCACACAGCCGUGGUGGAGGACGUCUCCUGGCACCUGCUCCAUGAGUCCCUGUUUGGCUCUGUGGCCGAUGACCAGAAACUUAUGAUAUGGGACACUCGGUCGAACAACACGUCCAAGCCCAGUCACUCAGUGGAUGCCCACACCGCUGAGGUCAAUUGUCUGAGCUUCAACCCUUACAGCGAGUUCAUUCUUGCUACUGGCUCCGCUGACAAGACUGUUGCAUUGUGGGAUCUCAGGAACCUCAAACUGAAGCUCCACUCCUUUGAAUCACACAAAGAUGAGAUAUUCCAGGUACAAUGGUCCCCUCACAAUGAGACCAUCCUGGCCUCCAGUGGCACUGACCGACGUCUCAAUGUCUGGGACCUCAGUAAAAUAGGGGAGGAGCAGUCGGCAGAGGAUGCCGAGGAUGGCCCACCGGAGCUGCUGUUCAUCCAUGGAGGUCACACAGCCAAGAUCUCUGACUUCUCUUGGAACCCCAAUGAACCCUGGGUCAUCUGCUCUGUGUCUGAAGACAACAUCAUGCAAGUUUGGCAGAUGGCGGAGAAUAUCUACAAUGAUGAGGAACCAGACACCCCUGCAUCAGAGCUGGAGGGCCAGGGAUCAUAACAAGACCCCCUCACUCUCUGCAAGAGCCUUUGUAUGGUUUUGUUUCAGGCACGAUCCCUUCUCUCUGCUGGGCCUCUCAGACCCACCCAGCCCAACCUGUGUUCAAGUCCACUCCACCUUUGCUCUAGUCCAAAAUGAAAAGUCUUUUCUGGUCAAUUUUCUGAACAGAGACACAAGCAGAAAGGACAAUAAGUAUAACUAGCUAAUGGAGAUAAACUCAGUCUUAUCUUGCUUACACUUUGCUGUGUCUUGCUGUGUUCCAAAAACGCCUUAGCACCCGAAGCGGUUUCUUACCUGGUUUACAUUGAACAAAGUUUUGCCUAGUGACCUGCAAAGGCACCAAUGUCAGCUGUGUGCAUGUGACUUCGAAGACCAAACAGUCCUUAUAUGCACAUAUUUACUGCUACUCAUCCUGAAGUCCUAGAGGAAGUAUAGAAUGUUCGGUAUGAUAUAGAAAUUAUACUGAACAUCACAUUUCACAUUUUUAUGAGGCAUUCAGAAAAUCCCAUGGUGUGGUUGCUAAGAUUCAGAUAUAAAAUGACAGCCAGACUAAAGAACCAAUAUCAUCUUAGCGCUAAAAUGCUUUUGGGAAACCUUACCCAAAUAUUGAGGUUUAAAGGAUUAGAAGACAAAUUCUCUCUGCCUAAAAGACUUGUUUACACUCAUCCUGCCCUAUCUUUAAUCCUAUUAAGACUCCCGUAUUUCAUCAUUCUUAGUAUUUUGAUAUUUACCUGACAACAUAGGCCUCUUUGGAAACAUUCCCUUUUUUGUUUGUUUUUGAAAUCUCAAUUAUAUCUUUCAGGUAAAUGCAAACCACAUUGUAUCAUUAAUAUACAAGUGGAUUAGUUGGAAAAGAGAAUUGGAUUCAAGUUUAAGAUGCCAGACUAAAAAGAAAUGCACUUGAGAUAAAUGCAUGUCUUUACACUUUGUCCUCUUGAUCUCUGUAGUUUUUUUUUAAAGUUUUUUUUUUUUAUACAUGCCAUGUAUAUUACUUUUUGGCAACCCCCUCCCCCACCACCACACACACACACACACAAAGUUCUGCCAUGUAGCAUUCUCAGGAGUGACUUCACACAACUACAGCUCCGAGCAAGAAAUUCUGAUUUCUGAAUGCUGCGUUACAAUCCACUCCGUUUGUAUUGGACAUAUCGGACUGCUACUUCACUUUACUGCACUCAGAAUGUCCUUGCUUAAGGAAACUGUUAGAAGAUCCUACAAUUGGGAAAGUGAAACAAAUCCACAACAUUUGCAAAUUCUACAAAAUGUUUAUUGAAAAGCAAGACAGGACAAUAAGAACAUUGUACAAUCUCAAAGGGGGGAUGUGGGCUCAUAGUUUUUAAUAAAAAUAAAGCUUUCUGAAGCUGUGGUGACUCACUCCUCCUCUGUCACAGUUUGUCUCACCUCCCGAGGUAGAUUCUGACAUUACCUGAGAGUCAAUCUGGGGCAACGCUAAAGAAAGAGGAACUGAAUACCAAAACUCUUGAAACUCCUUCCUUUCGAUUUUGGAAAUUAAUCUCUCAAUUUGUCCAAUUGUCUGUUCUUUAUCUAAAAAAAAAAAAAGUACUUGCCAACUUGACCCUCUUUGGGUUUAAAAACAAAAGUGUAAGGCUUAUUGCUUACCAAUUCAUCCCAUAUUUCUUAACCCAACUAAAAUCGAGGACAAGGAAACGUUGAGAGAGUGAGCAAUCUGUUAGAGGGGAAAGAGUUUCAAGAGGGCCGGGGAGGUGACCCGUCAAGAAUUAAGGAGACUUCCAGAGACUGAACCAAUGUCAUACCUAUCACAUGUUGUCAGCAACAAAACUCAAAAUAUUUCACAUACCAAGUACAACUGAAUCAUCAGUUUUUACUCCCUUUCAACUCCUUUAAACGUUAAAUGACAGCGAGAACAACGUCUCAAGAUCCAAUCAUCCAAAAGGUGAUUAUGCCGAAUUAAGACUAAUAACUUGGAAUCUUUAAGUGAGAGUCUUCAACUUUUGGGGGUUGUUGGCUGUUAACCAGGUACAAUUCUUAAACCUCAACACAUUUGAUAGAAAUGACUCACCAAUGGUUAAAAGAAACAAGAGCCUCAUAGCUGUGAGGCUGACAAAGUUAGACCACAUGACAGAAUACACUGAACACCGCUACAGGUGUCACCCAUUAACCCAUUCUCUAGCCAUCCAUGUUGUGACCCUAUAUGAGCACUUGAGACUUGCCCUACUGAGAUUAAGAUGGAUAGUGACUUCGAAGGAGGUGGGCCAUCGACCAUGUAGUUAAGACCACGAAGGAGGAAUCUGGAACCACAGCUGAGGAAGUGAACCAGACAGGUGUAUAAGCCGGAGUUAAAAAAAAAAGUACACCCUUUCAGAGGAGGAAAAUGUGUGCAUAUGUUCUGACCACCAGCCAAGGUGUGGUGGAAGGCUUUGCCAGGCCUUCAAGGGUAUGUUGCAUAGUCUGUCACAGAUGAGUUGAAACCCUGUAUUUACCGAUGUGGUCACAGAGAGUUACUGCCAAGGCAAGUGUCAAGCGGUGAGGUCAAAUAUACAUAGCUGUGCCAUAGCAAACAAUCAGGGGCAAUAGAUUGAGCAGAGCACACUAAGUGGGUUUGAUUUGUUGUACAACGAACCAGUGGAAUGUUAAGGAUGAAGGAAAAAUUCUGACAAUCUGCUGAAUUAUAUGUGCCUUCAUCAAAGAGGAGGGUAAAACAGGGUUGACAGUGAAAUGAACACUGAACUUUUGCUUUUUGGCUGCUUAUUGUCUAACAUGGACUGAGUGGUUGGAGAGUUCAACUUUAUGGUACUAGCACAUUGGUACCACGUAGGUACCAAUUAGGAUGAUUCACAUUAGUACCAAUUAUGCUGCAUCAGAGGGAGGGGGGGGCAACAAAAAAUAAAACCCAGCAUCCAAAAGGUCAGAUUUUAAAAUGGGAUUUCAAUCAGUGCUUGGGACCAUAUGUUCUUUACAUUUACUAACUAUAUAGGUUCACACACUGACAAAUAUUCAUUUAGCAUUUAGAUGAAAUAGUCCUACAAUAGCUCCUAUUAAUAUGGAUCACCACUGGAGCAUUGUCAACAAAAUUUUAUUCAAAAAAGUGAAGCAAAUCAAUCAGUUUUCUUCCAGUAAAAAAAAAAAAUAAAGAUGACGAGUCCCCUUAUUUGCCAAAACAUUUUUCACAAAUUUUGUUAUCCUUUCGACUUAAAAAUUCUUGACCCAUGAAGGUGGCCUGACCUGUUUAUCUUUCAUUAUUAGAACUGAUCAAGUGGACAUCAGAUUUAAGGAGGGCUUGGGAAAAAGAACCAACAGAAAGGAAAAGCUAAUUAAUGAGACAGCUUGGUUGACUGGAUUAGACCAGGUGGAUGGCACAAAGGACAUACAACUAAUCACAAUCUUGCAUCUUUCCUGCAUUUGGUUGCCUUAAAUAUACGCUUAUCGUUUUUCAAGAGAAUUAGCAACAAGAAAAUAUAACGAAUUUGAACUGGAGCCAUACACUAACCUUGUUUUCCAUAUUUCCAUGACAUGGGAUUUCUACUUAUUAAAAUGGCUCGGGCUGCAGAUAGGAACCGAGAUAUUGAGUGAAGGUGAAGGUUGACCAAACUUCACAGAUCACAACUUGCUUUCUGAAUGUUGAAUUGAUGUGCCCGCAGUUCCCAACAAUGGCAUAAUGUCAAAAAUCAUCACAUCAGAUUUAAUAGUCAAGGAAAAUUUCAAAAGGAGUUCAGUUGAAGACAUUAUGAAGAAAAUCAUCACCUCAAAACUAAAAGAAAAAAAAAGGGGGGGGGGGCAAGACCGACACCGGUCUCCAGAUGGUGGCCCUUUAAACAUAUGCUAUUCAUGCCAGCCUGGUUAAGACUGAACUUUUGCCCUUUACAGACUCAGAAGGUUUAAGCAGUCAGAACGGAGAAAAGUUUUCUACAAUAAUUUGCAAUCAAUGGAUUUACUUUUCAGCUCACUUUCUAAUCGACUCCCACCCUCAAGGUGACACAAGAACUGCAGAGGGGAAAAUUAAAAGGCGAAAACACGACUUUGUUUUGAGUGGAUGGAUAUUUCCUAUGAAAAUACAGUUACGGUAGAAAAACAGGGAGUACCAAGUGCUCGCUAUAAAGCCAACUGUUACAACGAAUGUAAACAUGGGCAGAGUAUUAGGAUAGACUUAUCAAUACAAUCACUUUACUCUUCUUGAACUAAUCACAAAAAAAAAAAAGAUGAUGAUGAUCCAGUCCUUGAUAAUGAGAUCCCGGAACUUUCAGUUUUAGACUAUUAAGAUCUCCAUUGAAUACACCUUUCUUUCUAGUCCUGGAACUAGGCUGUG